UUGUCAUUCUCUCAAUUUCAUUAUAAAUUGAUGCCACCACACAACACCGAGUUUAUUGAACUAUAGACAAGAUAUAUAUUCCUCUUCAUCUCUUCCUGCAUAGUACUAAAAAAUUAAGCAUCUAGCUAAAGCUAAAUAAUAAGUCAUGUCUAAAGCAUCUGCUAGCUUUUUCUUCAUCAUCCUUCUCCUCUGUUUUGCCCUGUCCUAUGCUGCUCGCCCUCAGCCACUAUUUCACGAGGCUACUCUCAACAAUAUUCAACACCAGGAUGUUGUUGAACCAAAGGAAGUUGGUAAGGAAGAGAGUUGCAAAGGAGUCAAGGAAGAAGAAUGUUUAGAAAGGAGGACUUUGGCUGCUCAUCUUGACUAUAUCUAUACCCAAAAUCAGAACCCUUGAAGAAAGUACUAUUCCCAAUGACGAAAAUGAUCAGUUAAUUUGUUUUACGAUGGUUAAUUGACCUAAGUUUUCGGUUAAUUUAUGUUUCACUAAAGUAGUGAUAGAACGAGUGAGUUAUCACAUAUACUAGUAUAUAGUAUUGCUUUUGGUGUGUUUCAUGUUGAUUUUUCCUGUACGCUAAUAAAUCCAAUAUCACGAUUACUUGAUUUUCUUGUAUGCAAGUUGAUCCAUUAGUAGAGCAAGUUC